GCAUUAAAUCAGACUGUCAGUGUCACAUAAAAGUUUUGUCAACGUUUUUUCUUUUAACUAAAAUUCAUGCCUCUUCUUUUACUACAAAAAAAAAACUUAAAAAAUGUCUAGUUUAACGAGAAAUAAAAGUGGACUAAUAUGUGCUAUCGGAAACCAGAUUAUAAAGCAGAUUAAACAACCAUGUAGGUUUAAACAUCAGAUGCCCGAACGCCUGAAACAUAUUCCGAAUGAAGAAAAUCCGAAGUUUUCGCAAAUGGUUCAAUAUUUCUUUCACAGAGCAUGCGAAAUCUGUGAAGACAAAUUUGUCGAAGACCUAAUGAAAGUUCGUGGUAAUAUGCUUACUAAAGAAGAAGCCCAAAUCAAAGUAGAUGCGAUGUUAAGACAAAUAGAAGCUUGUGAAUCAAUGGUUGAGGUUUCUUUUCCUCUCAAGAGAGAUAAUGGCAAAUAUGAAAUUAUUCAGGGGUGGAGAGCGCAGCAUAGUACUCAUAAGCUGCCAGUUAAAGGUGGCCUCAGAUACUCUGAAGGUGUCAAUGCUGACGAAAUAAGAGCACUCUCAGCUAUAAUGACGUUUAAAUGUGCGGUAUGUGACGUUCCAUAUGGAGGAGCUAAGUCUGGAAUUAAAAUUGACCCACUAAAGUAUUCAGUUCGCGAGUUAGAAGCUAUAACGCGAAAGUUUUCCCUUGAACUUAUUAAAAGAGGUUACUUAAGUCCGGCUCAAGAUGUUCCGGCCCCUGAUAUGGGUACUUCCGGAAGAGAAAUGGCUUGGAUAAGUGACACAUAUGCCAAAACUUUAGGUUAUCAAGAUUUAACUGCAGCAGGCUGUGUAACAGGAAAACCAAUUAAUCAAGGCGGUAUUCAUGGUAGGGAUGCAGCAACUGGCCGAGGACUAUUUCAUGCAACCGAGCACUUUAUAAAUAACGAGUGUUAUAUGGAAUUUGCUGGAUUAAAACCAGGAUUAAAGGGCAAAACUUAUAUACUUCAAGGAUAUGGAAAUGUGGGGACGCAUACCCAUAGAUACUAUAAAAGGGCAGGUGCAACAUGCGUAGGCGUAAUGGAAAUCGAUGGAUCCGUAUAUAAUGAAAAAGGAAUUGAACCACAUGAACUCGACGCCUAUAGGUUAGGUCCUGGAAAAGGUAGCAUUAAAGGCUUUCCAGGCGCUCAAACGAUAGAUGGUGAUCUUUUUGACAAGCCAUGUGACAUUUUGGUACCUGGAGCAAAGGAAAAAGUAAUUACAAAAGACAACGUUGAUAAAAUCAAAGCCAAGCUGAUAGUUGAAGGUGCUAAUGGGCCCAUUACGCCAGCGGCCGAUAGAAAGUUAAGGGAACGGAAGGUUAUUAUAGUUCCUGAUAUUCUGGGCAAUUCUGGAGGUGUAACAGUCUCCUACUUCGAAUGGCUUAAGAAUAUCAACCAUGUCUCCUUUGGACGGUUAACAUUUAAGUACGAAAAGGAUGCAAAUUACCAUCUUUUGAACUCUGUGCAAAAGUCACUUGAGGAGGCAUUAUGUAAAGAGAUUCCCAUAAAACCCACUCCAGAAUUUUACAAAAGGAUAGCAGGGGCCUCGGAAAAGGAUAUUGUGCAUUCUGGAUUAGCAUAUUCAGUUGAAAGGACGGCUAAAGGCAUCCAAUCUACAGCUGCGGAUAUGGACCUGGGAACUGAUUUUCGACUAGCUGCUUACGUUAUGGCCCUCAUGAGGAUAUUUGAUACAUGUGCAACAGCAGGAUUUCCAUAUUAGACAUUCACCAUAUUUCCAUAUGGUGACAUGGUAGUCUGCAUAUUACGUUCAAAUUCCUAGUGUAAUGAAGUUAUACAAUAAAAUUUAUUGUAUAAUAAAGUGUUUGUUUCAUAA